CAGUCCCUCCCCCUCCCCCGGCGCCGGCGCUAGGAGGGGCAGAGCCGAGAGCCGCCUCCCUCCCUCCCGCCUGCUGCAGCCCCUCUGCCCAGCCCCCGGCCGCCCGGCGCCGCAUUCCUCACCGCGCUCCCGCACCGCCAACAUGGUCUGCAGAAGUGCCCCGUUCUUUGUGCUCCUGGCCGUCGCCCUGAUCAACGCUGAAGAACUGAGAAGCAAGUCCAAGGUUUGUGCCAAUGUGUUCUGCGGUGCAGGGCGGGAGUGCUCCGUGACAGAGAAAGGGGAGCCCAGCUGCUUGUGCAUUGCUGAAUGCAAACAUCACAAGAGGGUGGUGUGCGGCAGCAAUGCGAAGACCUAUCGUAACCACUGCGAUCUUCACCGUGACGCCUGCCUGACCGGCAUGAAGAUCCAGGUCUCCCAUGACGGGCAUUGUGAAGAAAAGAAGGAUAACAAAGCAGCGGCCAGCAGUCCAGUUGUUUGCUAUCAGUCGGAUCGGGACCAGCUGCGACAUCAUGUCAUGGAAUGGCUGGAGACAGAGAUUGUUCCCGAUGGCUGGUUCUCCAAGGGCAAGAACUACACAAACAUUCUCAACAAAUACUUCAAGAAUUAUGAUGAUGGCGACUCCUACUUGGAUUCCAAUGAGUUCCUGAAAUUCAUCGAGCACAAUGAGACCGCUGUCAACAUCACCUCACGCUCUGACGACGAUGAAACCAAGCUCCUUCGGGGUCUGUGUGUGGACGCGUUGAUUGAGCUCUCCGAUGAGAACGCUGACUGGAAACUCAGCUUCAAUGAAUUCCUCAACUGCCUGGAUCCCAACCUUGUCCCUCCUGAGAAAAAAUGUGCGCUGGAAGAUGAGAUCUAUAAGGAUGGAGCUGAAACCACAGUGGAGUGUAACCGAUGUGUGUGUGCCUGUGGCAACUGGGUGUGUACUGCCAUGACCUGUGAAGGCAACAAGAACAUACCUGCAGAGCCAGCAUUUGCAAAUGCAGAUGAUGAAAUGACUGAAGAGGAAUGGACAAAGUAUGUUCAUGAGCUCAACAAACACCAGGAGACUGCUGAGAAGACCAAGAAGUCAAAUGUAAAGGACAUCUAAAGAUGCAGAGAUCGGUGGAGAAACUUCCGUUGAUUUUUUUCCCCCAACAUGUUUCUCUACAUCCAACCAACCAAUCUGCUUUGAACUUCAAGAAUCACUGCUAAAUAUAUAUAUAUAAACACACACGCACAUUUCAAACAGUAUUUUUUUGCAUUUUUUGCUGGGGAUGGAGGGAGUCCUUGGUAUUAUUUAAACUGACUUCUUCUAAAUGUACUGUAACAUUAAUAUACUGUUGGUUUCAGUUGUAAUAGCUAUGUAGUCCUGCGAUGGAAGAUGGGGGGGAAAUACUCUCACAUUUCCCUUCAGCAUUUUAAUUACCCUUGUCCCUCUGCCUUGCAUGUACAACCAGUAGUGGAGGCUCCAGAUCAGAGUUGUUAAAGCUCUCAGCAAGUCUAAAGUCACGAGUGUGUGAUGUUGAAUAGAAUGAUGGUCAAAAAUAAAUGGGAACGCACAAAUUUUUCAUAUAUGGUUAUCCUUAUCUAGGACAGUUCAGGGACAUGGAGCUAAAAAUGGAGUGGAAUUGUUGCUCAGUGCUCUUGGAUAACCAAAGGUUUCAAUAGACCCAGAAUUGUGACAACAGGAAGAAAACAUUUGGAGUUGGCAGUAAGAAUCAUUGCCUGAAAGAUAGAACACUUUAUAAUAUGCUUGAUAACAAUUGCAACAUCUGUGUGGUUGUGGUUCAGAACCCUUCCAGUUUCUUCUUGUUUUUAUGGUUCUUCAACAUCACGGUGGGAAGGAAUUUUUCUUGCCCGACAAUUGCUUCACUAUCUCAAGCAACUGAAGUGAAGUCGAUCUUGUUUUGUCCCUUCAAGGAGCUAGUCUGUGCCACAGGGCGGAGUGAGAUGAGGAAAACCCAGCCACCGUCAGUUUCUGAGUUCAGUUGCAGAUUAAAGAGACCACCGUGCUCCAUCUAGUUCAUGUGUAGAGUGGCAUCAAUCACCCCUCGGCCCAUCCCCAUGUGGUCUUGUCAAUAUUUCAAACACUGCCACCAUCCCAAUGUACCAGCAUGGUACAAGUAACGGGCUGGCAUUACCAGCAGUUAGUUUGGAUAUGACACUGGCCAUGACCUGACCAUGACUGCAACAUGGGACCUCUCUAGUUCUGGUCUUUUACAUCUGCCAUUAUUGUCAGCAUUAGAGUUAGUGUCACAGAAGAUGUUACUCGGAGUUAGAUCUUCCCUACGGUCUGUAAGUCAUGCAGAGGAAACAUAACUGCACCCACUUUUCCCGCAAGGUUUACAAGUACUGUUGAAAUUUCAAAAAGGUGCUACAUUCCUUCUUUCAUUUUAUUUUAUAUAUAAUUUUAAUAUGUGCAGCUUUUUUUAUAACCUCUGGACUCUUAUUUUUUAUUUAAACUUACAUGUUAGAAAGAAACUCUGCGAUGUUGAACAUAGAAGUUUGCUUACCUGAGGAGAGGCUGGAUAGAAAUCCUAUGGUAGCUGGUGACGGCAGUAGCGAGGGAUAUUACAGCUAGAUGGAACCGCGUUGUAUGAACAUGCUUGACACCUGUUGAAGUCCACCCACAGAUAAACCUAGAAAAGGAAAAUUGUAUGUUUGUAAAAGCUGUUCUUUCAAAUUCACUUCGGAAGAGAGUACCCCACAUUAUAUUAAACCUUAAACUGAUUAGAAUAAAAGAUUGAAUGAAUGCAAGUUUUAUUAUUGGUGGGAAGCAGUGAGAUAUUUAACAUGAUAAGAAUCAAAGUCAUUCCAAAUAUAUUUCAUGUCAGAAUUGAAGAUCUUAUUAAGAAAAGGUUAUACUUCUCUGUUCCCUGCUCUAGUGUCGAGAGCCUCCCCUCUCCAUCCAAAGAGUUAAGUAACAGUGGGCAUGUCAACGUAGAAUAGUUGCCAUAGUUUUGCACACAGAGUGGUGGGCCUAUGGAACGAGCUGCAAAAAUCACAGUGCCGAAA